AUGAGGAGGGAGAACCAGAGCAGUGUGUUGGAGUUCCUCCACCUGGGGCUCCCCAACAGGCCAUACCAGUGGGAUCUGUUCUUCACCCUGUUCCUGGGCAUGUACCUGAAGGUGCUAGAGAACCUACUCAUCUUUAAGCUCAUCAGGCUGAACUCUCACCUCCACACCUCCAUGUACUUCUUCCUCAGCCACUUGGCCUUCACUGAUGUUUUCUUGUCAUCUGUCACCGUCCCUAAGAUGCUGAAGGACAUGCUCUAAGUACAAAUCCAUCCCCUUGCAGGGUGCAUUUCACAGAUGUAUUUUUUCAUAUUUCUUACUGACCUGGACAGCUUCUUUAUUACAUCAAUGGCAUAUGACCACUAUGUUGUCAUAUGUCACCCUAUUCACUACAUCACAAUCAUGAGGGAAAAGCUGUGUGCCCUCCUAGUGGCUAUAUCCUGGAUCCUGUCCUGUGCCAGCUCCCUUUUCCACACCCUUCUUCUGACCCACAGAAUGAGGAUGGAGAAGCUGACCAAUGUGUCAGAAUUCCUCCUUCUUGGGCUCCCCAUCCUACCAGAGCAGCAGGGCAUGUUCUUCACCCUGUUCCUGAGCAUGUACCUGACAACAGUGCUGGGGAACCUGCUCAUCAUCUUGCUCAUCAGGCUGGACUCUCGCCUCCACACACCCAUGUACUUUUUCCUCAGCCACUUGGCCUUCACUCAUGUCUGUUUCUCAUCUGUCACUGUCCCUAAAAUGUUGAUGGACAUGCACACUAAUCGCAAGUCCAUCCCCUUCAUUGGGUGCAUUUUUCAGAUGUAUUUUUUCAUACUGUUUGGUUGUCUUGACAAUUUCCUUCUUGCAGUGAUGGCAUAUGACAGGUAUGUAGCCAUCUGUCAGCCACUCCACUACACCACCCUCAUGAGGCAGGAGCUGUGUAUCUCGAUAGUAGCUGGGUCCUGGUUCUUCUCUUGUGCACAUGCCCUGUUGCACACCCUCCUCUUGGUCCAACUGUCCUUCUGUGCUCACAAUACCAUCCCCCACUUCUUCUGUGACCUCCCUACACUCCUGAAGAUGAGCUGCUCCGACAUCUCCCUCAAUGAGCUGGUCAUCUUCACUGAGGGAGGAAUGAUUAUAAUCCUGCCUUUGAGUAGUGUCUUGGUCUCUUAUAUCCAAAUAGGGACUACUGUCCUGCGGGUUCCCUCCACCAAGCGAUUCUGCAAAGCCUUUUCUACAUGUGGCUCCCAUCUCUUUGUGGUCUCUUUAUACUACGGGACAAUUGCAGGUGUUUACUUUUUCUCCUCACCAUCCAUCUGCAAUGAUAAAGACAUAAUUGCUUCUGUGAUGUAUAUGGUAGUUGCACCCAUGCUGAACCCCUUCAUCUAUAGCCUGAGGAACAGACAUAUGAUAUAUGCCCUAGAAAAAUUUGUUAAUACGGUUAAGUUUUUUAACUUACAAUCACUAAAUCUAUAA